UCAUGCUUGUCCCAAUUUGUGUUAAUUUGAAGACGAUAAUAACCCGCACGAUUGUGCCGAAAAAUAUAAAAGCCAUUGGAAAACAUCAGUGCCGUGCAAGUUGUGCGAACGCCUUUGCCAAUCAACAAGUGUCUUUUGUUAAGCCCGACAAAAGGACAGAUACCGACUGAACCAUGUUCAGGAUACCUGCCGUCACCCUGGCCUUGGUGUUUGGUUUUUACUUAGGCGAGCCUCUACUUCGAAAAUAUUUACCUUGGCCGAUGUCCCGGGCAAUCGCGUACCCAUCGGACUACGCUGCCGAGUUGGAGUACGGCGAGAGCAACGUGCAAUUCGACUUCAUCGUGGUGGGCGCGGGAAGUGCCGGAGCUACGUUGGCCGCCAGACUCAGCGAAGUGGCCGAAUGGAACGUGUUGCUUUUGGAAGCGGGCGGCGAUCCACCGGAAACGGAGGAGGUGCCUAAUUUGUGGGAGACGAUUCUACGAUCCGACGUCGACUGGAACUACUCGACAGAACCGGACGAAACUAUGUUCAAGGGUUUGCAGGACGGACGCGUUUAUGUGCCUAAGGCCCGCAUGCUGGGCGGUAGUUCAUCGAUGAACGUCAUGAUAUACAUGAGGGGCACUAGGCGUGAUUUCGAAGGAUGGGUGCAAGCCGGUUGCGACGGCUGGGAUUACGACACGGCAAUGAAGUAUUUCAAGAAAUCCGAGGACUUUGUCGACGAAAAGCGUUUCAACGGAACCGUUCACUCCCGGGGCGGUCCGCUGACCGUAUCGCCGUUCGUGUCUCGCGACCCGGCCGUCGGAGUGUUCUCGGCCGGUGCGGAGGAGCUGGGCAUGAACUACGUGGCCGACUUGAAUCGGAUAGAGCCGGUUUUGGGGUACGGCAUGGCCGACAGCACCACCAGAGACGGUCUGCGGUGCAGCACGCUAAAGGCGUUCCUGUUGCCGGCCAGCGAGCGGCCAAACUUGUACGUGGCCAAACACACGAGAGCCACCAGGAUAUUGUUCGACGAAAACCGCAAGGCCACUGGCGUGGAGGUGUUGACGCCCGGCGGCACCAAGAUGGCGAUCAGCUGCAAGCUGGAGGUGAUCGUCAGUGCCGGAGCGAUAGCUAGCCCGCAAUUGUUGAUGCUGUCAGGAGUGGGACCCGCAGAGCAUCUGCGAGAGAUGGGCAUCGGUUUAGUGGCCGACCUGCAGGUCGGGGCGAACUUCCACGACCACGUCGUGUUCUUAGGUCUGGUAUUCACCGACAGAAAGAACCGGUCCGUAGAAGAGAUACAGGCCGAGAGCACGAAGCUUUCCGCAGAACAAGUGGCACUGACCGCACAAGGCAAAAGCACCCUCGGGCUAUCGGGACUGAUCACUUUCAUCAACACGAAAAUGGAGCAAACGUACCCCGACGUGGAAAUAAUGAAGAUGCGGUUGAUGUACAACAUGUUGGACAAGAGCUGGAACGGCAAGAACAUGCUGACCAAUAUAUUCGGGCUGACCGAUGAAGUGGCCGCGCUGUACAACGAUUUGAACAAGCAGAGCGACUUGCUGAUGAUGCUGCCACUGUGCACCAACAUAAUCAGCACCGGUUACGUGCAGCUCAAAAGCGCCGACCCGCUGGAGCAUCCGAAAAUCGUGGCCAACUUCUUGAAACACCAGGAAGAACUGGAAACAGUGUUGGGAGCCAUAGACUUCAUAGUGCAACUGUCGAAAACCGAAGCCGUGAUGAACGCCGGCUUGGUGUUGGAACACUUGAAGUUUCCCAAUUGCGACGGUUACGAAUGGGCCACACGUGAUUACUGGUUGUGCAGCAUCGAGCAAGUGGCCACUUCGUUGUACCACGUGGCCGGCACCAACAAAAUGGGCGCAGUCGGUGACCCAAAAACAGUGGUCGACCCGCAAAUGAGGGUGAAAAACGUCACAAGCCUGAGGGUUAUCGACGGUUCUGCCAUACCGCAUUUGGUGGCGUACAACCCGAACGCGGUCACUAUAAUGAUGGCGGAAAAAGGAGCUGACCUCAUAAAAUCCAGUUACGGCAAAAACGUAUGAACGAUGUAAAACACUAAUUGUUGUUUUAGUUACCAAUCCUAAGCCUUCACAAGGUAUUUACUGACAUUCGGUUGGAAAUGUAUUUAAAUAAUAUAUUAUCAUUACCUAUUUUUAUAAGUUCCCGUAUCAUUUUCAUCUUAGAUUCUACAAGAAAUUGAAUUUACACAGCACUAAUAUCAAAUUAUUUUGUAAUUUUACCACUCAAGUGCACAAUAUGUUGCAAGUUUUCUUUCAUAAAUAAUUUUAUUCGUACAAAAAUAAGUUUGUAUAUUGUCACGAGUUGGUAACACAUACGUUUUACACUAAUGAACACACACGCUUUAAGAGAAAAAUAAAACAAAUUACUAAUGUUUUAUAGAUGCGUUCCAGCGGUAAAAAAAAAUAAUAUUUAUCUUGAAAAUUUAAUAGAUAAUUUUCCGUCGACCAUUAACGAUCCAAAUGCGUGUGGCUAAUUAAUUGUACAAUUAAUUAAACUUAACACUAAAAGUAGCCUUCACUUUUUCUGUCGUAUCACAAAUUAGUUUUUCUAUCAGGCUCUAAACAACAUCGUUUUUUAUUUCAAAAUCGGUUCACUUGCUAUUUUAUUCGUACAUUUGUUUUGCUACAAAUCUAUUGACUUUUCCUCCGAGUCUUCUAUAUCUACGACUUGAUCCAUCGUCUGCAUUACACUAGAUCACGAAACUCUUUGGCGCUUUUCGUCGUCACUCGAAACUUGUUUAACUUUAGUCCGGUUCUCAUCCAAACGAGUAUUGGUUUUUCGUUUGUCUUGAACACGCUCUGCGCCAUCUCCUUGCAGAAGUCGAAAACAAACAUCUUUUGAUCGACAUGCUGCUUGGAAUCGUAUUUGCUUAUGAAGUCUUCCAUCAUUUUAGCGUUAACGUUAAUUCGAUCAAGCCACUGGUUGCUAUCAUUACCUAUUCAUGCACUUCUCUUCAGUAGUGUAAGCGGCAAGUUCACGGCCGACACUUAGUUGGACCCUUUUACGGAGGUGGUGGUUUGUUCGGUAUUUGUCGGAGAUAAAACCGAUCUUCAUCCGACAUCCCGAAUCGUUCAAUCUGAACAGUUAAACAAAGAUAUACGUUACCAUUUAAGUUUCAAAUGUUGCUAUCAAAAAAUCUAGUUUGAGAGGGAAUAGGAAAAUAAUAUUUUGUGGAAAAUUGAGAUCACGUUAUAUAUAAAAAAAAAGUAAUUCAAUUAUCGAUUUAACACAGCGAGAUAAAUUUAAAACAAAUUAACAACAAAAAGUGUG